AUGCACAUGGUAUCCGGCCAACCAGCGCGCGCCACCGAGAUAUUGACGGUACGGAUGGAGAAUACAGCCAACGCAGGAACGCGGAAUAUAUUUGCGAGCCACGGGCAGAUGUGUUUUGUCACGGCAUAUCACAAGAAUUUCCAGCAGUCAGACCAGGCCAAGAUCAUCCAUCGAUUCAUGCCGCCCGAGGUGGGCGAGUUACUGGUGUGGUAUGUGUGGUUGGUUUUGCCGUUUUGGCAGAAUGUGCAGGGCAUUAUCAAGAGGUCAACGUUCCGCAGCGCAUAUAUAUGGGCCGACGAGAUCACAUCGCGCAAUGCAAUUGACCAGGCAGUUGAUCAAGAGAUGCGUUUCAGCAGCCAGAAAGAUAUCCAAGACCCAGAGCGACCGACGGAGCCAACAAUGCAGCCGUUCCGCGAGGCAAAGUGGUCAUCCGACCGUGUUCGGCGUAUUAUCCAGCAACACAGCGAGCGGUUGUUGGGUUGCAAGUUGAGCACGAGUAGUUGGCGACAGAUCGCCAUUGCCAUAUCCAACCGAUAUUUAGGUACCAAACACGACCCGUCAUAUAAUGGCGAGAAUGGAGAAGACGAGGAUGGGAUUGACGAUGUCAGCGAUGCGCGAGAUUUGCAGGCCACACACACAUCGCACGUGGCAGGCAUGAUAUACGCGCGCGAGAUGCAGCAAGGGUUAGGAGGCACAGCCAUUAUGCGAGAGAAAUUCCGUGAAGUCAGCCGAGAAUGGCAUCAAUUUUUCGAUUUCGGCCAGGAAGGCACCAGCCGAGACGGCGUACAGGGCGAGGCCACAGGCGCCGCACAGCAGCGAAGGCAGCGAAACAAGUUCGAGAGCAGCCGACAGAGUGUACGGUUGAGAAGAUUAGAGGCAUUGCGACAGGUGGAUAUAUCAGCCAUGUUAGAAUGCAUCAAAGGCAAAACAGCGACAUUCCGGCCGGGACAGAGGAAAGUUGUUGGCGCCAUUGUACGAGGGGAGAGUCCGGUAGUGCAGAUCACGCCCACGGGGGGCGGGAAAAGCAUGUCAUUCAUGUUGCCGGCGUAUUGUUCGCAGCAGGGCCGGACAAUCGUAAUUGUGCCGUUGGUUGCGUUGCAGGAAGACAUUCAUGGCGAGUGCAUAAAGCACGGCAUUGAGGCCAGCAUAUGGAACAGCAAGACAGGCGUGCACCAAGGAAGCCGAAUUAUAUUGGUUAUUACCGAAGCCGUGUUUACGGCCGCAUUCCAGCAUUUUAUUCAGCGAUUGCAGAAUCAGUUCGCCAUUGACCGGGUUGUGGUCGACGAAUGCCAUACAAUAUUGGAUGGAUCCGACACAUUCCGGCCAGCGUUACGUGAUGUUGGGCGAGAAAUCGCAUUAUGGGGUGUGCAGCGGGUAUUUUUGACGGCCACGUUGCGACCGACAGAGGAAAAGGAGUUUUACACACGGGCGCAUAUUAAUGCAAAGAGUGUGGUAAUGUUCCGGGGCCAAACAACACGGCGCAACAUCCGAUACAGGGUAGUGUUUGUGGAGGGCGAGAAGAAUGCCAGCGAUAAAUACAACGCACAACAAGAGGCGGAAGACGAGAAGGCGAUGGAGAUGGCACGAGAUUGGAUUAAGGAGAAUAAACAAGGGCGUGCUUCAACUUGUUACAAUGCACCCAGGACGGAACAUUUCCCCGAAUUCGGUUUUGAGCAGUCAGUUUCAUGGUAUCUCCAUGAUGAAUUCGGUUCAUUGCUGUGGUUUUCGCGCUGUGUCCGGGACAUCCCCGAGGUACAAAUACUACGGGCUAACUAA